CCAAGAUCGAACUCAGUGGCAUACAAUUGGAGAGGCCUAUGUCUAGCAAUGGACUAAUGUAGGCUGUUGAUGAUGAUGAUGAAAACCUAAUAACGAGUGUAACCUCUUUCCAAAACUUGUGACACAGCUAAAAUCCUUCUGCUUUGCUUUUCACGAUGUUUUUAAUUACGUUUUGAGGAAUACGUUCCCACUGUUCUCCAAUGACUCUUUUUAUCUCCCUGAUGUUUUGUGGAGCAGGUUGCAUUGACCUUAGCCGUCUCUUUAGAUCAUCCCAGACAAACUCAAUUGGAUUGAGGUCAAGACUUUUCGUUGGCCAAUUAAAACGACGGAUACCAACUUUGAGACACGGCCGCGCGCGGCUCACGUCAGUCGUCGGCCGCGCGCGUCUGUCGCAGACCUAGGAAGCGGUGCCGUAAAUUUUCAUACUAUGACUAUUGUCGCGAGCGACCGACGACAGCCGUAAGCCGCGCGCGGCCGCGAUCGAUCGCGAUGCACGGAAUAGUACCUUUAAAACUGGAAGAGAACGCCAUAGACGUACAGCUUGGACGUUUGUCAAAUUCGGUGCAGGUUGUUUUUUCCAAUAAUUACAACGCAAAGAAAACCAAAAUGAGCGACAAAAACGAAGGCAAUCCUCCAGCAGAGAAAACCAUUUUUGAUGCAAUCGCUCAGGGUGACUUGACAGAAUUUAAAAAUAUUUUGGCUAAGCAUAAGGGCGGAGUCGAUUUCUUCGACGAAAAUGGUAUGACGGCUCUACAGCACGCUGCCUACAAGGGGAAUAAGGACAUGGUUCAGUUACUACUUGAUAGAGGAGCUGAUGUGAAUUCCGGCAAGCAUGAAUACAACUAUACAUCUUUACAUUUUGGUGCCCUAUCCGGCAGCUCUGAUGUUUGCAAGUUGUUGUUAGAUGCAGGUGCUAAAUCAACUGCAACAAACUCUGUUGGACGUAGUGCAGCCCAAAUGGCUGCUUUCGUUGGAAAUCAUCAUACUGUUGCCACCAUAAAUAAUUAUUUACCGCGCAGUGAGAUCGCUUAUUACUCUACCUUACAAGGGCAGCAGACAGAACCUUAUCUCCCUGCUUUCUUAGUGGAACCUCUCCAUAAAUUUGUUCUCGGUGUCAACAUUCAUCCAGUUAGGUUGGCCCUCAAUUUACAACAUUCACCUGCUCUAUUAGAGCAUGCUGAUAAAGUGAUUAAAGUUUUAGAAUUAAUGUGUAAGAAAGAGAUGACAAGAGGCAGCGAAACAAAUGAGGUAAUGGCCUUUAAAUACCACUACCUUGCAUAUAUUGUACGGGAAAUCAGUAAUAUUAGGGACAAACAGAAACCUGCUGCAGAUAAGGAUGAAAAGAAACAUGAUAUUGUAGAAAUAUUCUCAAAGAAGCUGCUGAAACCAGGCAAGGAUGGAGUUUCACUCGAUUUGAUGGACACAUUCCUUAAAGACUGUGUAAGGGAAUUUCCAUUUAGAGAAUGCACUACGUUUCAUCAAAUGGUGACCUCAUUGACAAGUAAAGAUCCUCCGCCUGCUUUGUCUAUUAUCAACUGCACUAUAAAUGGACAACGUGGUUUUGUUGAUGUGAUUCCAUAUUGCAGUACUUGUGGAGAGGAGAAGCCAGCAAAGAAAUGUUCUAAAUGUAAAUCUGUUCAGUAUUGUGAUAGGGAAUGCCAGCGACUACACUGGUUUGUCCACAAGAAGGCAUGCAAUAGAGAGUCUAGUGUACCAGCGCCUACUUCAAAUACAAAAGUCAAUAUUGAUGCCAAUGAACUUAGUUCUGAGCUGCAAAACUUGAUAGCGGGUUAGGUUUUUCUUAUUAUGAAAACUGUAAUUCAGUCUGUGUAAUGAGUGGUAUUGUCUACCUGUUUCUCACUGUGUUGUAAUAAAUAAAGUGUCACAUAUAUCAACAUUUGUUGUUUUAUUAUCUUAUGC